CCCCCCCACACGUGCCUGGGCUUUGUGCGCGCGGGCGGGCGGUCCCGCCGCUACAUCCCGGUCCCUUUCGCUUUCCCUUUCUCUUCGCCUUCCCAUGGCGGCCUGGUUCGCGCUCAGGGCGGAGGAGGACGAGGCGGAGGACGAGGCGAACCUCUGGAAGUACGACUCCACCUGGGAGGGGGAGGAGGAGGAUGAGGAGGACGGCGAGGAGGAGGAUGGCGGCGGAGGCGAGGCGGAGGGAGCGGCGGCGGAGGAGCCGGAGGAUGCGGGGGAGCCUGCGGGGCAGGGCCGGGCGUGCGGCAGGUGGCACGGCCAGGAUCAAAGCUCAAAUUCCUCACUGCUGUCUUGGAGGAGUUUUCAGUGCAGCGGGAGGCGCAACUGGACCGCGGCGCGAGACCUGCAGAGAUACAGAAACCAUUACCCAGAUUUGAAAGAACCAGAGAAUGAGGAGGAUGAAGAAAUGUGGAACUUAAGCUUUUACAAAAAUGAGAUUGCUUUUAUGCCCCACGGUGUGCAUAUUGAAACUCUGCUCUCAUCUUGGGGGGACAAGUAUGAAACACUGGAAGAAAACCAUUCCUACAUACAGUGGCUGUUCCCUUUACGUGAGCAUGGGAUGAACUGGCGUGCCAGGCCACUCACCUGUCAAGAAAUCCAGGCCUUCAGGAAGUCCAAGGAAGUCAUGGACAGGUUUUUACGUGCUUACAAGCUCAUGCUGGGAUUUUAUGGAAUCAACCUGGUCAAUGAAGAAACUGGAGAACUUGAGAGAGCAGAGAAUUGGCGUGAACGAUUUGAAAACUUGAACAGGUUCAGCCACAACAAUUUGAGGAUUACUCGCAUCCUGAAGUGCCUGGGGGAGAUGGGAUAUGAAGACUAUCAAGUGCACUUGGUGAAGUUUUUCCUCACAGAAACUCUUGUUGAGGAGACAUUACCAAAUGUCAAGAGAAGUGCCUUGGAUUACUUCCUGUUCACUGUCAGGAGCAAAGAAAAGAGGAGGGAACUCAUCCACUACGCUUGGCAACACUUCAAACCUCAGAGCAGCUUCGUGUGGGGGCCUCGUGACAAACUCCAAAAGUACAGACCCCGCUCUGCCAGGGCACAGCUGCACCAAAGGCCUGAGGAUAAACAGGACGCUCAGUGUCAGAAAUGUGAUCCUGUGGAGAAGGAUCAGAACCAGUGCUCAGAGGUGGAACAGAAAGCUGCAGAUGCUGCGGAGUUGCAGCCUGAAAUGAGUGAUGAACAUGUAAAGGAGAAGAUAAGCAAAUGUGUUCUGAAGGCAGGAAAUGAUGAAGGGGAGAAAGAAGCUUCAUUUGGCCAGCUGGAGGAAGAGGAUUUAAAAAAUGAAGCUGAGGAAGGGCAGGGUACUGCAGAGAAUGAUUGCACAAAGGAGAGCAAGAAGAGAAAACUGAAUGCAGGUUUGGCAGGUGCUAAAGGCGACGGAUCAUUGAAAAACUCUGCUGAUAUUGAAAACAUUUCCCAUAAUCUGGGAGAGUGUGCAAUUGAUGCAGAGAUCCCCUGCUCAGAGCCAGGCUCCCAGGCAGAGGAGGCUCAGGAGGCUCUGAAGGAAGAUGAUUCAAGCACCAAAGAGCCGGCGGCGCCGGAGGCCGCAGACGCGGCUGUGAAACGCAGGAAGGUUGAUAAAAAAACAUCCAGAGGCAAACAAGUGAGCUUGGCCAUAAACCUGAGCAUGGGGCCCUCAGCCUCUGCUGCCAAGGCAAAUCCAUCUGCUGCUAAUGGUGAGGCUGGAAAAGGAGGUGUCAGUGAGGAAAAUGCAGCUGUGGAAGUGCCAAGUGAGAAGGAGGGUGGUGGUGAUGCAGAUGGUGGGGCUGUGAGAGCCCCAGCUGCUUCCAGGCCCCCCAGGACUGGCUGCACUGCUCCAGUCAAGGAUGGCUGCAAGUCCAGUGGAGAGCAAAACUCAGCAGGGGGUGAUCAGCACCGCUGCAACAGCAAACUCAUGGGGGGUAAAAGUGAACUAGAUGGAGUAGGACAGCAGGAAAAGGUGGAAAAGGCAGGUGAAAAAGGGCAAGCAGAAGACGCAGACAAGAAGCAAGCUCCAGAGAGUCAUGAGCAGAGCAUAACACCCACUUGUCCUGAAGAAAACAGUGCUAAGGUCCCACCAGAGAAAGGUGAAGGCUCUGAGAAUGGAGCAGAGCCUGGUGGAGAGCAGGGAGCAGCAGAGUGAGAGCAGCACAGCGAGCACCUGAGCCAGCAGAGAUGGCACUGCCCUGUACUGGGAGCCAGCUUUGGUGGCUUGGAGAACUGAAUAAACGUCCUUUGGGAUGAUCCAGCUGGCCCCUGUCUCACUUUCACUCUUCCAUGAUUUUUCAUCAUCUGUAGUAAACUCACUGAGAUCCAGCUCUUGGUUACCCUAAAGAGGAAAACUUUAUUUACUCAUCUUCAUGGACAGG